CUAAAAGAUCAAGUGGCUGUGUGCUGCAUCGCUAUCAAACCACUGCUGGCGUUAAAAGAACAACCCACCGAGCUUAAGACUAAAGGGCAGCCACUGAUAGUAGCUAUAGUGCCCACUAUCAAGCAAGUGGUGGCUACUAUACUGCAACACGUGCCUGUGACUCACGA